AUCCAGGUUUCCAUGCAACCGAUGAUAUACACAUAACUAACCUGGAAACUUAGCCGUCGCUGUGCAUGCGUGGGUUUGGAGUUUGGGUUCCUCUCGUCUUAAAAUAAACUGGAAUCUGAAAUUUUAACAAAUCCACCAAACAUAUUUCCAUCAAUCAGUUAACUUUCGAAAAGUAAUGGAUGACUUUGAAGCACCUGGCCUUCUGUACCGACCAUUCGAAUUGAUGCAAGACUUGUACGAGAAGCUGAUUGUUUUAAAGUACCACGAGGAAUGCGUCAAGAUGUCCAUUUCCAAAAUUCGCCCCAUCCACAGUCUCUACUUUAUAACCCCGAUGAAUCCUGGCGAGCAGUACUACAAUUUUGUAACGAUUGCUUCGUGGCUUAUUAAAAAGAGCAACAGGGUUAUCAACAUGCCUCAAGAAACAGACGAUCCAAAUAUGGUCAUUUCCAGGAUUCUGGAGCAUAUUCGUCAAAUGGGUGGAAAAAUAGACUAUGGUCCAAGUAAAGUAAAGGCUGGUUAUGGGCCGGAAGUCAUCUCUGCAUUAUCCUUUUUAGCAGUUGCAGCAAUGAAAGAAAACCGCAUCGAGUGGGAUGAAAUCAAUAAAGAUGACUUGAGCGAUGGAGAGGACGAAGUAGUCAUCAUGGAAGAACAAGAAGUAAACUUGGAUAAGAUUGAAGAGGAGAUGGAACAAAUUUAUAGCAGUGAUGAGGAUGAUGACGCUGGAGGAUGGGUGCAACAUUCCAGUAAUGCAGAUAUUGGGCAAACGGACGAGCAACAAAAAAUGCUUAAGUCUGACGUGGAUGUUGAAGCGUGGCGAUUAGAGUUGGAAAGAGUCCUCCCACAGCUCAAAAUUACAGUGAAAACAGAUGGUCAAGAUUGGAGGUGGCGACAAGAACAAAUGAAAACCCAUAUUACAGGAAUUAGCGACACUGUGAACCAGAUUGAUGGUCCUUUGAAAAGACUCGUUUCUGAGGCUCAGUCCAUGUCGGAAAAAGUUUUAAGUCGUGAAACCUUCCUAAACAAUCAGUUUACAGGGUUGCUGGAUGAGCUUCAUCAAUCACAAGAAAAGCUCUCAAAAAUGAAGGACGUUCAUAGAGAUCUAAGCAUAAAAAUAUCCGAAAAGAACAAAGGGCUAGCCCAUUUAAAUGAAGAAUUAGAUCAAACUCGACGCGAGCUUGACGACAGAGGUUUAAUCAUGGCGGAUGGAGCUCCCGUCGUUACAACGCGAAAGACUCUGAACGGGAUAAAGAAAGAACUUGGUGAUAUGGAAGUUGAAAUUGGUGUUAUGGAACAUAGUUUAAUGAAGUCGCUAGUCCAAGAACAAAUGAUUCUCAGGGACAGAAAUAAAUUUUAGAAGGAAUAUUUAGUUCGUGUUACAAGACAACACUUGUUUUUAUUACAAUUUAUAAUUACUUAAAUUAUGAAAGAUUUUUUUUGCAUUAAUUUGACUAAUUGAAUAGACAAUGGAUACCAAAAUUAAUUUUAAGAAGGAGGUGGAACUACUAAAUAUGUGAGUGAAUACAUGUACGUACCAAAAUACAAAGCGGACAAAAACAAAAGUGAGACUGUAGAAAAGUUUGAAAUCGAGACAAAAA